AUGGGAUUUAGUGAUAGCCGCAGCAAGAUGAGUGACCUAAACCUGCUGCCGAAGAAGCACACCAAUUUCAGCAUCGAGCGCAUCCUGCUGAAGCCGGCCGACGGUGGUUCGCCCUCGGCAGCGUCCCACGCGCACCACCCCAGCCCCAGCGAUCUGCUCGAGCAGAAGGUAGAUCUCACGGUGAAGACGAGCAUCAAGAUCGUCCAAGCACCGGCGACGUCCCAACAGUCGGGCAACAAUAAUGUCACCGGUGUCGCUCGGUAUCGUACUUCCGCCUGUCCGGCGACGGUGACGAAGAACGUUCCCCGGGCUCUUCCACGCGCCACCGAAACCGGAACAACGCCGCCGAUGGUGACCACUCCUCCGCCCGCCUCACCGCUCCUGGUCGGGAGACCGCUGAACCGCGUCCUGGACAAUCCCUGGUGCUCCCGGGGUCCGCUCAUGUUCGAUCCGAAGCUCACCAUCACCGGCGGCCCCGUCGGUGGACCCUCCUGUAGUACCAGCGGCCUAAGACACUCCACCGCGAACGUCAGCGCCGGCGGGCCUGAAGACGGGCUCGGCCUGACCACCUCAUCGCCCGGUACAUCCCCCAUCUCGGCCACCUCCGCGGCAUCGCUCGUCCGAGCGGAAGUCGAGAGAAAAGUGGUGCUAAGCGCGUACGCUAAUAAUAGUGUAAUUGAACGAAACAGAUUAUCUAUCAAUUAUCCCUAUCCGGUCGGGCUGUUCAAUGCGUACGCGUCAGCCGUGGCAGCAGCCACCGUCUCCUCCGUCCACUACACGCAGCAUAAUCAGCAGCGCCUCUUGGCACAAACGCCAUCUCCCGCCGCCCUACUCUCGUCGCCGGCGAUCGCCUCGUUACAAGUGCAGCAGCAACAGCACCACCACCAGCAGCAUCAUUCAGCACGUUCCGCCGGCCUUUCGGCAGCGGCCCUGCUGGCCGGAACUGGCCCCGGACCGCUCGCCACCGCCAGUGCCGCACUCUUCAGCAGCUUCUACCAGCUGCAGCCGAAGAGCGACGAAAACCAGAACAGCAUCUUCGAAGCGCACGGAGGUGGCACGAGUGCGGAUGAAGCUUCCGACGGUGGCACGACAGAGGCCACCUCCGACGGUGGUAAGGACUCGAAGGCGGACGAACUGAUGCUACACACUCACCCACUGCACCAUCAUCACCACCAUCACCACCUGCACCAUCACCACGAGCCGGGAGUGGCCGGUGGAAGCGGUCCGGGCGGGGGGCCACUCUGCUCACUCAUGUUCCCGGAUUGCUCCUACCAGUGUGCGAUCUGCGAUAAAAUUUUCGGCAAUCAGGAUACGCUCAUGACGCACGAAAAAAGCCACAAGACGCCCCGCUUCGAGUGUGAGGAGUGUGGCAAAGGAUUCUCCCAGUUGCGCAACUACAAAUACCACGUCUCGGUCCACCGGGGCACCAAGGAGUUUGCGGCCAAGUGCCCGGAGUGUGGCAAAAUGUUCAACGACAAGGGCUACCUCAGCAGUCACCUCAAGAUCCACCGCAACAAGAAGGAAUAUUCGUGCCCGCACUGUCCAAAGUCCUUCAACCAACGCGUGGCGUUCAAUAUGCACGUCCGUAUACAUACCGGUGUUAAACCACACAAGUGCAACGAAUGUGGAAAGCGAUUUUCCCGGAAAAUGCUCCUCAAGCAGCAUCUACGGACUCACUCCGGGGAGAAACCUUAUCAGUGUUCCGUCUGUGGCAAAAGCUUUGCCGAUCGCAGCAACAUGACCCUGCACCAUCGGCUGCACUCGGGCAUCAAGCCGUUCGCGUGUCCCAUCUGCCCGAAGGCGUUCACCAAAAAGCAUCACCUUAAGACGCACCUCAACUAUCACACCGGCUACAAACCGUACAAGUGUCCGCACCCGAACUGUGGCCAAAGCUUCACUCAGUCGAGCAACAUGCGUACGCACGCGAAAAAGUGUCAGUUCAAACCGCCCGAUUCCGAAUUUGUUUGA